UUUGACAAGUUUAACCGACGCACCAAAUCUCUCUCCCCCUCGCUUUCUCUUUCUCCUCCGCCCUGGGUUGUCAGCAUUUUGCUUCAUUUUAUUCACCAAAAACAACAACAACUUCCGUGUUUUGGAAUUAGCAUAUACCCUGCUCGACCAGCCUUUAGGAGAACUAUUACACCAUGGAGUUUCUUCAGAAGCUGCUGUCUGGUUUCAAGCUUGACCUGGGACCGUUAAAGGAGCCGCUGGGAUUUAUUCGCCUUCUGGAGUGGCUCUUCAGCAUCUUCGCCUUCGCCACGACCGGCGGAUACGAGGGGUUCCUGACCAUGACGCUCAACUGUCCAGACAAAAUUCCACAUGACAUUACUGCACAAUUCGGCUAUCCUUUCAGACUCCAGAGUAAGGUGUUUGAAAUCCCACACUGCAACGCCAGCCUCCCCGCCAACACGACGUACCUGAGGGGGGAUUUCUCGUCCUCCGCCGAGUUCUUUGUGUCCGUGGGCGUCUUUGCUUUCCUGUACUGCACCUUCACCCUCAUUCUGUACCUGGGCUACCAGCAGGUCUACAGAGAAACCACACGAGGACCCAUCGUUGAUCUGAUCCUGACUGGGAUCUUCGCGUUCCUGUGGCUGGUCUCGUCCUCUGCCUGGGGAAAAGGGCUGACCGACGUGAAGAACGCCACCAACCCCGACACCCUGCUUGGUUACUGCACUCCAGAUUGUGUGACCAAGGUCUUCCCCGCCAUGGGACGCCUUAAUUCCUCUGUGGUCUGCGGCUUCCUAAAUCUCAUCCUGUGGGCAGGAAACUGUUGGUUCAUCUUUAAGGAGACUCCGUUCCACAAGCCUUCUCAGCCUUCCUCCAACAUGGAGCAGGGAGGCAGCUCCUAAUUGAAUAUGGCAGACUCCUCCCACUCCAUUCAAGCCAAUCAGAAAUUCGAGUAUACCACUGCGGGUUCACACAAACUCGUCCCUAUGUAAAGUAAAGUAAAGUUUUGAUACGGAGAGGUUGCGGUUCACAGCCGGUCCCCGGUCUUCACUGUGCAGAACGUUCGGUCUGGCUGUUCGGCAGAAAGUGCACGUCUCGGUCGUGUUGCCUGGUGCCGGUGUUCUCGUCUACAUCCCAUAAUUUUGUUUUGCUUCGUCGCUAAUAGUUUGUUGUUCACUGUGUAUACAGUUGAGUGUAAAUGUUUUUAUAUAUAUAUAUAUAUAUAUAUAUAUAUAUAUAUAUAUAUAUAUAUAUAUAUAUAUAUAUAAAAAAAAUUGGUUUGUCUACCAGCACCCCAUCUCACCAAAUCACCACAUAUGACAAAAAAAUUUCAAAUUAAUAACAAAAUAAGUGUGUAUGUUCAUCCUUUAACUUACAAACAUCUUUAAUAUAGCCUGAGCAGCUUCUUUUUUUCGGGUGUUUUUUUUUUUUCCUUUUUUAUCCCGAGGUGCUAAUAUUUACACAGCAUUUACCAUUUUUCAUUUCUUGUUAUAGCGUUACGAGUGACACCUGAAAACAUUUUUACGCCCAAAAAAAAAACCAAGAAAGCAGAAAACGGAUCUGGGAUGUGAAAGAUUUAUCUGCUUUCGGCAGGCGUUACUUUCACUUCACGUCUAGUGUGGUCAGUGUAAUCAGUACCGUCCUGGACUUGUGUUUUUUUGGUUGUCUUCUGUACACAUUCGAAGCCACUCGGCCACCAACAUACACCACACUUUUUUUUUGUUUUGUUUUUCCUCACCUGCUAGAUUUUUGUACAAUCUUGGUAUCUCUGUCUAUCCAUUCAAACCAGAUCUAUUGGCAAAUCUUUGCUCAUUUUUCUUGUCAAAAUCCGUUUUAAUUCUAGAGCUUGCGAGGACCCUGGCAAAACUAGUUUUGUGUGUUACAGAACACGCCCAAAUGCUAAUUUCAAAAUACAAGGGGGGGGUUGCAAACUUUUGCACUCAACUGUAUAUGCACUUAUACGUCUGUGUAUGUGUAUUUUAUAUUAUUUUCUCUUCGUACCAACUGUACGCUUUAUGAUUUAGAAACCCGCACACAGAACGUGCCUUCUGUACCCUCGGACGUUACACACUUUAACAUGUAGAGUCUUUAUAGAGUAUGAAUUAGACUAUUUAUUCAUUUAUUCUGACAUCUAAGUGCCUCAAAUUACAGAAAUCCGUCGUCUCUCUGGGACAUGAAAAUAACACUUUCACACUAUUCUCGCUCCGUUUAGAGACGACUCUCGCACCGAAUCCAGACCUUAAUACACUUUCCCAGUGCCUUGUGUUCAAUUUAUUGACUGUGUACACGUUUAAUUGGUUGAUGUCCCGGUGAUAAAUGACUUGCCUUCAGCCAAAUGAUUGUUUUUGAAGAAGAAGGAAAAAAAUCGGAACCAUUAAACACUAACUUUCUUUCUUUUAUUUAAAUAUACGUUAGUUUAUUCGAAUCAGAAACAUGCUUGUACAUUUUUCUGCAUAAUUACGCCAAGCCAAACAGUCAUAUUCUGAUUCUUAUUUCUGGUGUCAGAGUGUACGUUUUUAUAUGAAGUACAUCUUGUAAGAAAAAUUCAGUUCGAUUAAAGCGUUGAAUUACUCGAGAGUAGGCAUUUGUUGACAUUUAAUUGGCAAAUAACAAAAACAGCCUAGUGUGGGUUUUUUUUUUUUUUUUUUUUUUUUUAAAUUAGUCCUACGAUGUUGUGUAUUUUUACCCGAUUUCUAACCUGUUUGUCAGGUGUGUUUUCUCUGUAAAGGACACGUAAACAUUCUUGUUUAAACUGGACCCUAAGAACAUUUCUGAAUAAAGCAGAGGGGUAGUGAUGUUAAUUUUACAUUAACGUUACAUACUGCUUACUGAUUUAUUGGCACAUGCCUGUUUGAGAGUAAUUACAUCAUUUUAUAGCCAAAUUUACAUUCUUGUAAGUGUUGUUAUGAUCCCGUCAACGGGGAAUAACAUGAUCACACAUCACCUUGUCAUUUCUGCUUCUCUGCUGGUUUUUUUCUUUCUCUUUUUUUAUUUUUAUUAAUAUCGAUGAUUGAUUCAUUUCUAGCUUUGCUCAUGCAAUAUGAAAGCCUUAAAUAGAAUGUGCCUUAAUCUCUAAUCAGAGUUGUUUUUUUUUUUUUUGUUUUUUUUUUAAAUAAUAUAGUGCUUCACAUUAUAUAUAUUCCAAAUUGAGUUUUGCUAUUAAGGUUAAUUGACAUAACGACAUAAACAGAAGUGGAGAUAGAGGUCCGUUCUGUCUCCUCGGUAUUUAAGGGAAGCACACGUGCCCAUUUUCAUAUCGCUUCGGCUCUCAGAUGUUUUAAUACCAUCUGGAAACACCUUAGGUUGUAAACGUCUUUUUUUUUUGGUGAAAUACAUUGUUCUUACACUGUGUUUUGUAUCAGGAAAAAAAUCACAUCAGUUGUGUUUGAUUUUGUUUGCAUUUUCUAUGUUAUAAAGUAUUAAAUGAAGAGCGCUUCA